GGUCGCGCUUUGUAAUGAUCUAUUAUGGCUGGCAUAAGAGUAGUUUUAGUUGUGUUACUUUUUGUAAUGAUAGCUUACAUGUGCGUUACUGUAGGUGCAAAGAAAUCAAGCAUGGACAACAAUUUUCUGGAAGAUGAAUUGUUCCCCAUCUACGAGUGUGACGAACGAAGCCGAGAUUGGACUACACGUUGCCUAGUACCUUUGACUAAUGCACAAAUGUCAGUGGACCUAUGCAAGACUGGUGAGAGACACGAUCAACAUUUUCUGAAACGUUGCGCGAAGGAGCUGCAAAUAUUGGGACAGUCGUGUCCACAGCCGGGCUCAGUGUCAGAUUUGGCUAAAAAUAUGCAGGUUCACAAACCACCACCUAUGCCGUACGAUUCACCAAACAUGCCGAAAGUUCCAAAACAAAUGUCAAAAACUAAAAAAAUAAAAAGUAAAUUCGAACUGUAAAUCAUAGAUUUAAAUUAUAUUAAAGGAAAUUUAGCUUAUGCUUAGCAAAGCGCACUGGUGUGACUAUGUAAGAAAUAUGUUAUAAAGGAUUUGGAUUAGCACUUGAUUGGUAGAAAACAUAUUUGGAGAUAAUAAAUUUCAUAGAAUUGUAAUAC